UCCACUCCUCUUAGGGCUCUGCAGCAGCAACCCCUUGCUUCAGGUUAAGGGAAGAGCAAGGUGAUUUUUGCAGAUCUGAAGGGGACUUGGUUUAGGACGUCUGAGAAAGAGGAAGGGUCCAGGAUUUGCUUUCGGGCUUGGAUUGCUGAAUCAAAAUAGCAGGCCCAGCCUACUACGACGAUGACAGUCACUUAUUCCAGCAAAGUAGCAAAUGCCACUUUCUUUGGAUUUCACAGAUUACUCCUAAGGUGGAAAGGCAGCAUCUACAAAUUGCUGUACAGAGAAUUUAUUGUUUUUGCUACUCUUUACACAGCGAUAAGUGUUUUAUACAGAUUUUUUCUUACAGGUAGCCAAAAACGAUUCUUUGAAAAAUUAUCAAUUUACUGUGACAGAUAUGCUGAACAAAUCCCAGUAACUUUUGUGCUUGGUUUCUAUGUUACUUUGGUGGUGAAUCGCUGGUGGAACCAGUUUGUGAACUUGCCUUGGCCAGAUCGUCUGAUGUUGCUCAUCUCCAGCUGCGUGCAGGGCAGGGAUGAGUAUGGGCGCUUGUUAAGGAGGACUCUCAUGCGUUACGUGAAUUUAACAUCUCUGCUGAUCUUUCGCUCUGUCAGCACAGCUGUGUACAAAAGGUUCCCCACCAUGGACCAUGUGGUUGGAGCAGGUUUUAUGACAAAAUAUGAAAGAAAACUUUUUGAUGACCUUAAGUCUCCCCACCUGAAAUACUGGGUCCCAUUUGUCUGGUUCGGAAAUUUGGCAUCAAAGGCACGAAAAGAGGGAAGAAUUCGAGACAGUGUGGAUCUGCAGACACUGAUGAAUGAGAUGAAUAAGUACCGGUCGUGGUGUAGCCUUUUGUUUGGUUAUGACUGGGUUGGAAUUCCACUGGUCUAUACCCAGGUGGUUACUCUUGCAGUCUAUACCUUUUUCUUUGCCUGCCUGAUAGGGCGUCAAUUUUUGGAUACUGACCAAGGGUAUCAGGGACAUGACUUAGAUAUUUACAUUCCAAUCUUCACACUGCUGCAGUUCUUCUUCUAUGCAGGAUGGCUCAAGGUCGCUGAACAACUCAUUAAUCCAUUUGGAGAAGAUGAUGAUGAUUUUGAAACUAACUGGUGCAUCGAUAGAAAUUUACAGGUUUCACUUCUGGCUGUGGAUGAGAUGCACAUGAACUUGCCAAGGAUGGAGAAAGAUAUUUACUGGAAUGAUACCUCUGCCCGCCCACCCUACACAAAAGCAGCUGCUGAUUACUGUAUUCCUUCCUUUCUUGGAUCGACUAUUGAAAUGGGGCUGGCUGAUACUGAAUUUCUCUAUGGGGAAGAGUGGCCUUGGGAAGAGGAGAAACACCAGAGACAGUAUUCAGUGUUGAGAAGAGUCAAGAGGUUUCUCAGUGUCCAUGAGGGUCCUUCAUACCCAACUCACCAGCGCUACAGUCGGCAGACGAGUGAGAAUUCGGUCUUUUUCCCAGCAGAUGAGAAGGGGCACAUCAGACGGCUGCAGGAAAUGCACACAAGAGGGAGGCACUCUACAUUAAGCUUCAAGAAGAAACAUGAAGGAGUUACCAGAAGUAACAGACUUCACGGUAGCCGAGAGCUAGGACCCAUAACAGAAACCUCAAGGAACGAGGCACAGUUUGGUGACAGUGACACCUCAUCUGAGACAACCAGGCCAGUUCCUGAGGUCAUCGUUUCUGAAGCCCAGGAGAUUGAGCCUGAUGUGCUGGACAAACCAGACCCUCCAACAGAGCGCUCCGCAAGCAUGCCAGAAGAGAAGCUCCAAAGGAUCCUAGCUGAGGCAAAUGUGGCUCUUCUGAACCAACAGUUCUUCCCCCCAGAAAUGACUCCAUACCUCUCAAGUUCAGAGGUGCAUCAGUCACUUCCCAGUGUGAUAGGAGAGCCCAAACAUGAGCCCCAGGUUAGUAACAUAGCUGGUCUCAUAACAGAUCAUGAGAGAAACCUUCAGCGAUGGAGUUUACCAAGCUUCCAUAGUCCUAGUACAGCAUCAAACACUGAUGCUGCACCACCUUCAACAGAUUCUGGGACUACUUCACAGCAAAGGACAUUAAGUGAUGGGAAAAAUGGUACUUCUGCUUGUGCUCCACAAACAUUUGAGAUGCAGGACUUGUGGGAAAACCUGGACAGUAAAGAAACAGCCAUAGUAGAAUUUUCUAAUGAUGAGAGUGAAAGAAAACUUUGAACAUUCUUCCUCUGGGUUUGACUGAACUUCUUGUCUUCUCUUGAACGUGGUUCUCACACAAAUUUGCUGAAAGUGCAGAAGGGCAGACUCAGUACUCUGACAAGUCAUGAACAAUAUCCAACAGAGGAUUUGGGCACCUAAAUAGGAGGCACUGUGGUGACAUAUUUUAAGCCACUUGGUCACUGGCUUGAAAUCUGUGACUCUGUGGGAAAUAAAUUUACAGGGAGUA